AUGGGAUCGUUUGUUACAGUUAGAGGCAAGGCCAUUUCUUUAGAGUCGCAAGCGGACACGCUACUAUCUCGGUACUCAUCAUAUGCACAAACUACAAGCAGUGAAGCAGAUAGUAAUGAGAAGAACCUUGAUGAGAGGAUAGAGAGAUUGCUAACUGAGAGGAAGGGUGUGGUAGACCAAUUACAAGGGAUUUGUGAUGAUUCCGUGAAUAUUAGUUCAUCCAAGCUAUCACAGUUGCAACGACACAGGGAGAUACUGCAACAACACUGGCAGACGUUUUACGAGAUUAGGUCCUCUAUUCAGCAGGAACGGAGUAGGAUUAACCUGCUUUGCAGCGUUAAACGGACCAUAAAGGAGAAUAGGAAGGACCAGAGCGAGUUGCAGACGGACGAGGAUAGUUACAUUGCCAACGAGUCUAGACGCAUUGAAGAGUCGCACAGCGUGGUUGACAGACUCAUAUCACAAGCGUUUGAGACUAGAGACCACUUUGUUUCACAGCGUGUCACAUUACAACGGGCUAACGACCGGGUAUAUCAGACGUUGCAACGGAUUCCUGGUAUCAAACACGUCAUUGCAAACAUAAAUACAAGAAGGAGAAAGAACGCAUUGAUAUUGUCUAGUCUCAUCACGGCAUGCAUUUUAUUUUUGUUCUUUACCUGGUAA